GGAGGCGCCGGGUUCCUCGCCGCGCAGGGAAUCGGCCUUCGCUAUCGCGAUUGGGCGCCCAGCGGCGUGGGCUGGGAAUCCUGUGCGCCGAGGCCGCCGGGCGGGGGCGCUCGGCUGGUCUCAGGCGUCUUUGAAAGUCUCACAGCCGGAAGCUGCCGACCCCUGGGGCCUGGAAUUAUCUCACAAAAGAGCACUUCAUCAUAAGGAAAAUGAAGCGUUCUUCAAAGGCAUCAGUUACUGGUGUUCCAAAAUCGGAUAAUCCACGCUCAGGAAAAGACUACAAAAUGCAUCUGUCAAAUAUUGGAAAGAGAAAGGCAGUACAACAAGCUAAUAAAGAUAUUUCAGCUCAAAGGAUCCAGAGAGCUUGGUUAUCUCAUAUGGACAAAACAAUAUUUCAACUCCUAAAGCACACAGUUUGUGCAGCGGAAUGUUGUGUGACACAUGAAAUACUGAAGAAAGUGAGCCCCUUAGAGGCUGAGCUCCUGAAAGAUCCUAGCAUGAAGUGUAAAGUUAGAUUCAGAUUUAGUGGUGAAACAUUUCCACCUUUCAUCGUAUUUAAAAUUUUUCUUCAUACUGAAGGCCAUGGUAACAAGUAUUUCAGUGGAAGAAAUUUAUUUAAGCCAUCAAAUGAGAGAGUGGCUGAUGCUUGCAAAAUGAUGGGGAAAAAGAAGUUUUACCAUCAAGUUAUGGAAGAUGAACAUCUUUUCCAGAAAUUCAAAAUAACUGAUGAAAUAGAUAUUGUCACCCUGAAAGAUUACAUGCAAUAUUCCAGUCUCCUGGAUGAGACCCCGGCAUCUUCUGGUGGCAGAAACAACUACUGGCGAAAAUUAAACCUCAAAAACAUCCCCAGGACAAUGAUAAUAUAUGACAUAGUUGAUUAUGCAGAGUCUGGAAUAAUCUCAAACCGUCUACAAAAAGAAAUGAAGUAUCUAUUACAGAGACCACAAACAGAAGAGAUGCGUCAACACCAGCUACAGAUUGUUUCUGAAGUUAGAUGCCCUUCAUCCUUUUCAGCUAUCAAACCUUUAUAUCGGCCCUACCAACAGCAGAAUCAAAUUAAACAUCUGGGUCGUCGAUCCAAACAAGCUCAAAUGAAAGUUGAAAAAAUGAAAAAAGCCUAUAAGAUGGCUAAAGAAAAAACUGCUUCCAUGGGGACGGAACCACAAACGGACACAUGAGGUACAAAGCAGCGACAAUCAUCUUCUCUACCCCAUCUUUUGACAUUGUGAAAGUUGAUGAGCUCAUGCCAGAUGAGGAAUUGGAAAAACAAGAAAAGGAGUUGUUUGCCUGGUAUCAAGACUUGUAUAUUAAUAGUCUUCCGUCAUGUUAAUAUGUAGCUAACUGAUAGAAAGCCAAAUUAUUUAACAAUCUGCUUGUCUUGCUAAGAUGCAUAUUAAAGGAAAAGGAAAUACAUAAACAAGCCUUCAGGAUGCUCUCUUAACCAAAUGUGUGACCAAUUUUUAAGCCCUUUUAGUAUCCAUGAGUACUAAUAUUUUUUUACUGACAGAAUUUUAGUCUGAAUAAUGAUUUCUACUAGAUGCCCUCGAACUAGCUGUAUACAGUUUUACUCAAGAAAUGAUGAGUAAGUUAGUCCCUGGAACUUUUACUCAAUUUUGAUUUUCCUUUGUUUUUAAAAACAUCUAAACAGGC